AUGAAUACAUAUGAAGAUGAGAAGAAUAGAAUAGCAUUGAAAAAUAUAAUAGAUGAGAGAAAUAAAAAGAUAGUAAAAAAUCCAUUGCCAUAAUUCUAUUUAGAUUAGGUUUGUGGAAUAGCUGAUAGAUAAAUCAGUAAUCAAUUAACAUUUUAUUAAGGAAGUAAUGGAAGUUAUAUUAAUAAAUAGAUUUAAUUGUGUUUUAUGCAUCUAAUAUGAUAAUAGUUUAGAAUGUUGAGACAGGAUAAUAAUAAUUUAUACCUGGAAGAUAUAAAAAUGUGACUGCAAUAGCUGCUGCAAAUAGAAAAGAUGGUUUGAUGAUAGCAGUAGGAGAAAAUUUAGAAUAAUCAUCUAACUUAGUUAUUAUUAUAAAAGAUAAAAUUAGAACUAUCUCAUUAUAAUCUAAAGGUGCUAUUACUUUGAUUUAAUUAAAUGUAGAAAAAUAAUAUUGUGGAUUACAAAUAUAAAAUUAAAUAUAAAUUUGGAAUUAUGAAAAAGAAAGAUUAUUAGCAUCAGCAUUUGUUAAAGCACCUUUUGAUAAAUUUAGUUUUCAUCCUUUGAAACAUAAACAUAUUUUAUUAUCUGGUCAUAAUUAUUUAAGAUUAUGGGAAAUGUAAUUUUAAGAAAAAUAAAUUAAAGAAACACAUGAAACACUUAUUCCUUUAAAAAUAGAAAAAGAAAAUAAAUUCCUAGAUCAUGGUUGGGUAAUGUUAUCUGCUAAUUAAGCUUUAUUAGUAUUAUUAGCUGCUGGAAAUAAAAUACUUAUUUUAAUUAAUGAUCAUUUUAAAAAACCUAUAGAUAUUGAUCCUUAAAAUUUAAAUUUUAUUGAUGCACCAGUAUAAGAUUUUAAUGCAGAAGAUAAUGAUGAUGUAAUGGGAAUUAAUUCAGCAUUAGAAGAUGUUAUUAAAGAUAAAGUUGGAUAAAUUGUUAUGAAUAAUUAAACUAAAUUAACUUAAAAUACUACAAUUAUGACUUAAUAAUAAUUAGAAUUUUAAUGUUUAUCAACUACAAAAAAAGGAUUUAUAUUAGGAGGUACUAAAGGAGCUGUUUGUAUUUAUGAAUUUGAUAAAAAUUAUAAUAUAGUAAGUGCUAUGUCUUUUAAUAUGAAAAGUAAUAGAGGUGAACAUAAAGUUAUUCAAAUAUCUAAUAGUGGAGAUCAAUUAAUUUCUAUUAUUAGUUUAUUUGGAAAUCAACUCUAUUAUAGUAUUCUUAAUACAGCAUAAAUGGAUACUGAAAUUAGUCCUAUUUAACCAUUCUUUGCUGCUGGAUUCCAUAAUAAAAGAGUCAAUUCAAUAUCACAUGCUAAAAUUAAAUAAGUAUUCGUUACAUGUUCUGAAGAUAAUUCUGUUAAAAUUUGGAAUUAUUAUUAAAANAGCUGCUGCAAAUAGAAAAGAUGGUUUGAUGAUAGCAGUAGGAGAAAAUUUAGAAUAAUCAUCUAACUUAGUUAUUAUUAUAAAAGAUAAAAUUAGAACUAUCUCAUUAUAAUCUAAAGGUGCUAUUACUUUGAUUUAAUUAAAUGUAGAAAAAUAAUAUUGUGGAUUACAAAUAUAAAAUUAAAUAUAAAUUUGGAAUUAUGAAAAAGAAAGAUUAUUAGCAUCAGCAUUUGUUAAAGCACCUUUUGAUAAAUUUAGUUUUCAUCCUUUGAAACAUAAACAUAUUUUAUUAUCUGGUCAUAAUUAUUUAAGAUUAUGGGAAAUGUAAUUUUAAGAAAAAUAAAUUAAAGAAACACAUGAAACACUUAUUCCUUUAAAAAUAGAAAAAGAAAAUAAAUUCCUAGAUCAUGGUUGGGUAAUGUUAUCUGCUAAUUAAGCUUUAUUAGUAUUAUUAGCUGCUGGAAAUAAAAUACUUAUUUUAAUUAAUGAUCAUUUUAAAAAACCUAUAGAUAUUGAUCCUUAAAAUUUAAAUUUUAUUGAUGCACCAGUAUAAGAUUUUAAUGCAGAAGAUAAUGAUGAUGUAAUGGGAAUUAAUUCAGCAUUAGAAGAUGUUAUUAAAGAUAAAGUUGGAUAAAUUGUUAUGAAUAAUUAAACUAAAUUAACUUAAAAUACUACAAUUAUGACUUAAUAAUAAUUAGAAUUUUAAUGUUUAUCAACUACAAAAAAAGGAUUUAUAUUAGGAGGUACUAAAGGAGCUGUUUGUAUUUAUGAAUUUGAUAAAAAUUAUAAUAUAGUAAGUGCUAUGUCUUUUAAUAUGAAAAGUAAUAGAGGUGAACAUAAAGUUAUUCAAAUAUCUAAUAGUGGAGAUCAAUUAAUUUCUAUUAUUAGUUUAUUUGGAAAUCAACUCUAUUAUAGUAUUCUUAAUACAGCAUAAAUGGAUACUGAAAUUAGUCCUAUUUAACCAUUCUUUGCUGCUGGAUUCCAUAAUAAAAGAGUCAAUUCAAUAUCACAUGCUAAAAUUAAAUAAGUAUUCGUUACAUGUUCUGAAGAUAAUUCUGUUAAAAUUUGGAAUUAUUAUUAAAAUGAAAAUAAUGAUAAAAAAGGAGUCUUAAGUAAAUAUUUUAAAGAAGAACCUGUUUGUGCAUCUAUGCAUCCAUUUGGUUUAUUUGUUGCUGUUGGAUUUACUAAUGGAUUCAAAGUUUUUGCAAUAUUAAAUGAAGGUUUCUUUCCUCUUAAAGAUGUUACAUUAAAUAAUUGCAAAAUUGUUAAAUAUAGUCAUGGAGGUCAUAUGCUUAUUACUAAUGAAAAAACUAAUGUUUAUAUAUAUGAUGCUAUUUAUUAUGAACUCAUUCAUCAAUUUGAAUUUCAUAAUUCACCUAUUAAAGAUAUUGCCAUUUCACUUAAUGAUCAAUAUAUUGUUAGUACUUGUACUAAUGGUUAUGUUUAUUGUUAUAAUCUUGCUGAAUUAAAUAAUAAUGUAGUUAGGGAAUAAAAACAUUAGGAAUAAGGAAUUUUCAAUUCUAUUUAGUAUGAUGAAUAUUUCAUUGGUUGUACAAAUGAAAAAUUAAUGACUAUUUUUGAUAAACAUUUUAAAUUAAUUACUGAAUUUCAUGUAACUGAUUGUUUCUUAACAAAAUUAUUAAUGACUGAUUAACAUAUCAUUGCUGGUACUUCUAAAGGAACUGUUAGAAUAUAUCCUAUAAGAGAUGAAGAUAAUUUAGAAUUAGAAUUAAUUAAUUAAAAGAAUGAAACAAUGUAUAAAAUACCUGAAUGUUAUGAAAUUUCAGUUCAUGCUACUGCUAUCACAUGUAUUGAUUUUGAUGGUUAAUAUAUAUUUACAGGAUGUGAAGAUGGUUCUGUUUGUUUAUUGAAAUCAAAAAGUGAAAUUUCAGAAGAAAGAUAAAGGAUGGCUGCUGUAUCAAAUGAUCUCUAUCUAGAAGUCAUUUUUAAAAUUCAAAAAGAAAAUGAUAGAAUUUAAUCUAAAAAUUUUGAAGUCAUAAAAUCUGAAUAAACUGUAAGAAUUGAAACUGCAAAAUUAGAAACUUAAUUUAAAUAGAAAAUAGAUCAAAUGACAAAAAAGUUUUAAUAAACAAUGUCAGAUGAUAAAAAUUUAAUGGAUAAAUUUGUUGAGAAAUCAGAAUUUGAUUAUACUCAAUUACUUAGCUAAUAUAAUGAAGAAAAAGAUAAAUAUGAAAAUGAAAUCAAUAAACUUAAAUAGUAACAUAUUGAAAAAAUAGAAUAUGAAGAAUCUAGAAAUUAAGAAAUUGAAGAUGAAAUUAAAAAAGUUUAAGAAGAACAUAAAGAUGAUUUACAAUCCUUAUUAGAAUAACAUAAAUAGGAAUUAAAAUAAAUGAAAUUGCAAUUUUACGAGAAAUGUAGAAAAGUAUAAGUAAAAUAUUCUAGUGUUGUUGAUAAUGCUAAAAAUUAUGGAACAGCUUUUAUUUAAAGAUUAGAAAAAGAGGAAGCAGAAUAUGAAAAGGAGAUUGAUGAAUAAAUAAAAGAUUUAGAAAAUCAAAUAGCUAAAGUUAUUUAAGAUAAUGAAAAAUUGGAAAAAGAAAAUGGAGAAUUAGCAAAAUAAUUUGAAUAAUUGAAAAAAGAUGAUGAUGAUCUUCAAAUACAAUUCAAUAAUGAUUUUGAUAAUCAUAAUAAAAUUAGACUUGAAAAUCUUAAAAAUGAUGAUGAUAUCCUAAAAAUGUAACAUUAAUUACUCGAAAGAUUAUAAGUUAUUGAUUCUAAAGAAGAAACUUGCAAAGCUGCUAAAGAUGAAUAAAUCAAUUUAGAAAAUUUUAGAUAUAUGUUAGAUUAAAAAAUUAAAAGUUUGUAAAAUGACAAAUAAUUAUUGCUUGACAAAAUAACUGAUAAAGAAGUAACAUAUUUUAUAUUUUUUAUAGUAUAAAUUAAGGGUAAUGUUUAAAGAAUUGAUUGAUGAAUCAAAUAAAAAUGAAAUGAAAUACUAAUAAUUAGUUUAAUUAAGAGGAUAAUUAGAAGUUAUUGAAACUUAAAUUAAAAAAACAGAAAUUUAAAUAUUUUUGAAUGCUAACAAAUUAAAAAAUUACGAAAGUGUAAUAAAAAACAAUUUAUUCAUUAUAGACCUUAUUAUCUAUCAUGAAAAGUAAUGAUCCUCCAAGUUUAAUUGCCUAGAAAUUAAGAUAAAUUAUAGAUGAUAAGGGAGAAGAGAAUGAGGAAAUAGAACAAUUAUCAUAAAAAAAAUCUAUUUCAAAUAAAGAUAUUAAAGACAUAAUAAAAUUAAAAUAAGAUAAACCUAAUGAAUUAAAUGAAGAGUUAUUAAGAUAAGGUUAAUGGAUGACAAAGAAAUUAUAUCUUAUUAAAGUGACUUCAGAUAAAUUAAAGAAAAUUAGAGAUGAUAAUAUCAAUACUAUUUUUAAUUAAAAUACAAAAUUGAUUGAAGAAUGUAAUAUGCUUAGAAGUGAAAACGACAGAUAUUCUAAAAAAAUUAAACAUGUUGAAAAAUUAGUAAAAGAUGCAGAUAGAUUAUUAUAAAGAUUAAAGCCUAAAUUCAACAAAUAACCAAAACUAAAUUAAAUUGAAAAAUAAAUAGAGGAAUAAAAGCAGAAAGUUUAAAAUUAGAAAACAAAGCUUUCUAAUUUAAAAGAUUCCAUGAGUUAAAUUUUAAAAAAAUCAGUUGUAGAUUGA